AUGUCCAUCUAUCCACCUUCUCAUCAGCCGACAAAUGCUUUGAACGGUAUCGGCGCCAUGAGCGAUGGUUCAGGCACUAUUAAUCCCGCAGCUCUGAACUCUAGUGGUGUGCUGCAGUCAUCCACGGCUUCCGGGCCCCGGGGUCUCAAGAGAAGUCGAUCGCCGGAACAGUAUGGCGACUAUUCACAGGCCGACGAUGAUGGGCCGCGCAAGCGUGGGCGACCGUCCAAAACGCCUAGAUCAUCUGGAGACUUCACUUCCAACGUCGACGCACUUACCAGGCCCUCUGACCAGACAUCACCAGAGCUCACGCAAACCCCACGGGCACAGGGUGUCUCCCAGCAUGCGAGCUCAACUCCCCUCCAAGCCUCACCGCCGCGCUCAAUCCCCAAAUCUACCAUCAAAGCGUUGCCCACGGUUAGGGAUCACACAAGUGAUGUAUUGCAGCCCGAGGGGGAUGAGUAUAUGCCGCGCGAAAUUGAUGAGCAGGGUGAGAAAAAGGUAGACCAACUAGGUUACCUGCAAGGUGGACGCGAAUACAAAAUCAGAACAUUUACUCUGCCCGGCCGAGGUCAGAAGCUGUUCAUGCUAGCCACCGAAUGUGCGCGACAAUUACAGUACAGGGAUAGCUACCUCUUGUUCAACAAGAAUCGCUCGCUGUUCAAAAUCAUUGCCAGCGCAAAGGAAAAGGAAGAGCUUGUCAACCACGAGAUCCUGCCGUACUCUUACCGUUCCAGACAGAUCGCGGUAGUAACUGCAAGGUCAAUGUUUCGGCAGUUUGGCAGUCGCGUCAUCAAAGAUGGGCGUCGGGUUCGAGACGACUACUGGGAAGCCAAGGCUAUCAAACAGGGGUUCACCGAACAGGAUGCCGCGGGUGAAAAGCGACCGGGAGCGGCCAGAGCCAGGGAAGCUGCUCAGCAAGAUCAGUUGAGCGCCAGGACCAACGUUGCAGCAAGCUACGGUGAUAUCGUCUACAGCAAUGGGCCCGGCUUCGGUGCGCUUCAACCGCCUGCCCUGCACUCUGGGAUUGCAGCAACCAUGCCUCCGUUGGCAAACUUUGAUCCUGCAUAUGAGCGAUUUAAGGACAUCCCCCGACCACGAUUCGACGUUAACGGCCCCCCGUACCAGGACUUGACUCGCUCAAGUACCGAUGCAGAGUUGUCAAGUCAAGCGGCCCACGCGGCUGAUUUCAGCAAGACUCUCAAUCAGCAAAGUCGAUAUCGCCGUCACUUGGUGGAUGACUAUUGGCGUAGGCCCCACGAGCAACCUGUUUCUACCACUCCACCUCCUGAAGCCGAAGUCCCAACAACAAAUCAUCCCUUCACUUCGCCACGAUUCCCGACAAACGACGUACCUGCUCCAGGAAGCACCAUUCCGAAUCCCGCGCAGACGUCUCAGCCCUCAAUGAACCCACCAUCGUACCCUCACCCACCGCCACCAAUUCAAUCUCCUGUGCGAACGCCUAGUUUACAACAGCCGUUCCCUCGAGACCCGUCACAAUAUACUCCUCAGCAUCAGCAGUUCCAGCGGUCCUCGUCCAGCCUCUCUAUUUCACAGUCAGCAGGCCAACCGCAGCAGAUGCCCUUUACCGGCGGUAAUUUCUCCCCCCAUGGUAUGACGCCCCAGCAACAGCAGCAGCAACAACAACAACAGCAACAGCAACAACAGCAGCAGCAGCCGCAGCAAGGUUGGGGUGCUCCGCCUCCUCAGCCUCACCAGUCUCCAGCCGUACAUAGGAUGCCUACUCCGCAGUUUUCCCCGAACCUUCCACAAGGACAGAUCCCUUCGCCAAUGCCGGGUGGUCAUCCGAGUGCCUCACCUCAUCCCCAGCAGAUGCAACCGCCUCAAAUGCCAAUGCUACAUCACCCGGGUGGUUCUGGCAACAUUGGUGGGCAGCAACUCUAUGGACCUGGAGCUGCGCUUCAAGCCAUGAAUGCCGCUGGUUAUGGAGGAAUGGGCAUGGGACAAAGGCCAGUGUACGGAAUGGGCGGACAGAACCAGUACAUGCAACAAAAUCCUCAACAUGGACAAGGCUGGGUUGGACCAACGCAGAAUCCUGGCCAAGGCAAUCAAUGGAACAAUCAAUACUAG